AUGUCUAUUGAUAGUAUUGUAGGAACAAUACAGGGACUCCUCAAUCCCAUACUAUUUUUAUGUAUUGGUUUAGGACUCAAAGGGAGCCGAUAUUGGCUUUUUAUAGGGUUCUGUUUAGGUGCCAUACAGUUAUUUAGGCUCAUAGAUGGAAAAGUCAAGACAAAUUCACAAUAUAAAGGAUUAGGACCCCAGGAUGUGGCUCUUAUAACGGGAGGCUCAAAGGGAUUAGGAUGUGAGAUGGUCAAACAACUAGUUCAGGAAUAUCACGUGAAAAAAGUAUAUGUUCUUGAUAUAAUUCCUGUAGAGUAUACACAGGAGAAUGUGUUAUAUUAUUACUGUGACGUGGGGAAUAAACAGCACUUGACCGAAACUAUCAAAGGGAUAGUCAAAGAAUGUAAAGAGAAUGAGGACAAUAUCAGUGUUUUCAUCAAUAAUGCAGGGAUUAGACAUCAUAAAUCCAUUCUCCUGCUCCAAGAUACUGACAUUGAAAAAUUGUAUAACGUGAACUUAUUUUCAUUCAUAUGGGGAAUAAGAGUAAUUUUAGACGAUUUUUUGAGUCAUUGGAAAGUUCAGAAUAGAAAGUUAUCCGUAAUAACGAUUUCAUCUGUAUUGGGGAUAUUAGCACCUCGAAAUUUGUCCAUAUAUUCAUCCACCAAAGCAGCAUUGACCCAAGUUCAUGAAGGUUUAGAAUUGGAAUUAAGACAGUAUCCCAUGGUCAACAGCUUGUUAGUGCUACCAGGACAAUUAGGGGUGGGUAUGUUUGAUGAUGUUAAUCCUUCUAGACAAUUUCUUGCACCUAUAGUGGAUCAUAUUCAAUUGGCUAGAGAUAUCCUACAAGCAGUGAAUAAAGGACAAUGCGGUGUUCUAUGUAGACCUUUGUAUGGUAGAUUUCUACCAUUAGUGAAGGUCUUACCUUACUCUAUGGUGAAGAUGUGUAGAAUUUUUUCCCAAAUGGACGAGAAGGUCAAAAUAGAUGAAUAG